AUGGCGAGGUAUCUGCGACCCCCAAACUCCUCUCUCUUUGUUCGGAAUAUCUCAGACGACUCCAGGCCAGAAGAUUUGCGGCGCGAGUUUGGUCGUUACGGGCCUAUUGUAGACGUCUACAUUCCACUUGACUUCUAUACGCGCCGACCAAGAGGAUUUGCUUACAUUCAGUUCGAAGACGUGCGAGAUGCCGAAGACGCCCUCCACAACCUGGACCACAAGUGGGUGUCCGGUCGCCAAAUUGAGAUCCAGUUUGCCCAGGGAGACCGAAAGACUCCCAACCAGAUGAAGUCAAAAGAACGACACUCCCCUCGCAGUUCUUCACGUUACGACGACGAUCGGCGAAGACGCUCGCGCAGUCGCAGCUAUGACCGCCGUCGGUCGCGCAGCCCUUCCUACGAGCGGCGACCGCGUAGAUCCGUCAGUCCCAGAGCUUCACGCUCCUAUGGCCGACACAGACGCAGUGGAAGCCAUGAAAACGACAAGUACAAAGGCAGCCAGCAUGAAUGCCACAGAACCCAGCGUGACCCUGCGACUCGGAACCGCUCGACGUCCCGUUCGCCCUCCCGCGCCAGGCCCAAAAGCGGAAAAAGCCGGUCCCGGUCGCGCAGCCCCGAGGCCCAAGAAGAAAACCAUCCAGCACCCGGCGUCCGCAAUAACUCCUUCACCCGCUCAGUUUCGCGGUCUGUAUCACGCUCGCGAUCGCGCUCCCGUUCUUGGGCGGAGUACAAGUCCGGACACAGCUAA